AAGACUUCACCGCUACCAUCACUUCUUUCCUCUCUAUCGUCUCCCAAACUCCCAAACGCAAAUGAAACAUUCUCAAUGAUUCCAUAAAUUCAAAACCUUCUUAGAAACAAAACCCGAACAUGGCUUCCUUUCAGAUUCUUAAAUCCAACUUGUCUCCUUCAUCAUUUUCUCAAUCAGAUUCUCACAAUCCACAUCUCGUUCGAAAACAAUUUCUGGGUUAUCAAGCUAAUAAUAAGAGGGCUAGUCGGAGAUUAAGGAUUUUUUGUACCCACCAAGAAAGUGACAAGCAAAAUAAUGGUGAAGAACCACCAGAGUCAUUGUUUAUGAAGGAAUUGAAGAGACGUGGUAUGAAUUCAAGUUCUUUGUUUGAAGAAAGCAAUAAGACUAGUUAUGGAGAUGAAGAAUUGAAAUUCAGGGAAGAAGAUGGAAAUUACUUUAAACAAAAUGUUAUGUCUACUGAUUAUGGAAGAAACUUAUCUAAUCAGAGAGAGCAAUCCAUGGCACUUAAUAGUGAAGGACUUGAGGGUCUCAUUCCAAGGGCUAAAGUUUUGCUAUCUAUUGGAGGAACCUUUUUCCUAGCAUUCGGGCCAUUGAUCAUCUUGACAGUUGCUAUUUUCUUUGGUCUCUAUCUUUACUUUGGAACGGCAUUCAUCCAUGAUGCAAGCUCAACGCCUAUAACACCACCACAAUACAUCGACCCGUAUGCUCUAUUGGAGGAGCAAAGGAUAUCGGAAAUGGUUCGUCGUCUGAACUGAGAAAAAAAAGAAAAAACCAACUGGAAGUUCUCAUCAAGGUUAAAAGGUUGUUGUUUUCAGCUAUUUCUCUUUUGGAUAUAUACUUUUACUUGUAUAAAUGCAAAGUUAGUAUUUACUUUA